AUGCUCGGAAGAGCACCACCAUGGGACGAUGUUUCUAUUAUUUUGCUGUUUGCACAGAUAUAUAACCUCAGGGUGUUUCUUUUUAGAAGGAGGGAAAUUUACACAUUGGUUUACCAAAAGCCCCUCAUUCACUUGGUAAUGACACAACUCAACAGCGCAAACACAGUCGUCUUUUAUGCUCCUACUCAGGAACUCUAUGACGCUACAAAACAAUUCUAUAUCAACCUUGGUUUCUCCCAUAGGGAGGAUUCCCCUAAAGGAUGUUCUUUAACGAACGACUCCUCUAUAACUCUUCUAUUGGAUCCGGAACAUGCGGCAUCUGCGGAACAAAUUCAAAACAACAUUGCGAACCUUUUAUCCCACAUCAACAGAAGGGAUUGGAGAACUUUACAGUCUGCCAUAUCCCUUGAAACAGAUGCAUUGCCGGAAUUGAUUCAGCAUUUCAAGGACAAGAACCUGCACUUCCAAACACGUCCUAACGAGUUGGAGCCAGUGGAAUCGUAUGUUGUCGAUCCACUAGGCUCUAUUGUUGGUUUCACAGCUCUACAUAACCCUCUAGCAACGAAUCUCAAAUCUCGUUCGAUUAAAUUGAAAUCUACAACUACCAGUGGCAGCUUAGCAACCACCGCUUCUUCUGUUGAUUUGAGACAACGUCCAAUGUCCACGCAUCAAAGAAACAUUGCCGUCAUGACUUCUGGAGGUGAUGCCCCAGGAAUGAAUGCAAAUGUUCGUGCAAUUAUCCGUACAGCUAUUGCACGUGGCCAUCGUGCCUUUGCAAUUCAUGAAGGUUAUUCUGGUCUCGUUAAAGGUGGUGAAUAUAUCAAAGAAAUGAAAUGGACUGAUGUCAAUGGCUGGCUAGUUCAAGGUGGUACUAAUAUUGGAACUGCUAGGUGCAUGGAGUUCAAAGAAAGAUGGGGUAGAUUAAAGGGUUGCAAAAAUAUGAUUGAGGCAGGUAUCGAUGCAUUGAUUGUUUGUGGAGGUGACGGUUCUCUUACCGGUGCCGAUCGGUUUAGAGAGGAAUGGCCUUCACUUAUUCAAGAGUUACUUGAAAAGAAGGAGAUUACACAGCAACAAUAUGAUACCUACAAACACUUGAAUAUUUGUGGUACUGUUGGCUCCAUUGAUAAUGAUAUGUCCUCAACAGACUCCACCAUCGGUGCGUAUUCAUCGCUUGAUCGUAUCUGCCAAGCCAUUGAUUAUAUUGACGCAACAGCCAACUCUCACCAGCGUGCAUUCGUUAUCGAAGUCAUGGGUCGUCAUUGUGGUUGGUUGGGAUUGAUGGCUUCUAUUGCCACAUCUGCUGAUUAUAUGUUUAUACCUGAAGAACCAUCAAGUAGGGAAAACUGGGCUGACAAAAUGUGUGAGAUUAUUUCUGCUCAUAGAACAAGAGGUAAGCGGAAAACCAUUGUUAUUGUUGCGGAGGGUGCAAUCUGCACGGAUUUGUCUCCAAUCACUUGUAACGAUGUCAAAGAUGUGCUAGUUGAAAAGUUAGGUUUAGAUACCAGGGUUACGACUUUGGGUCACGUUCAAAGAGGUGGACCAGCUGUUGCAUUUGACCGUGUUUUAGCAACUUUACAGGGUGUUGCUGCAGUUGAUGCGGUGUUAGAAUCAACUCCAUCAACUCCUUCUCAAAUGAUUGGUAUUGCCGAAAAUAAAAUUGUGAAAAGAUCACUUGUUGAAGCUGUUAAAUUAACCAAAUCCGUUGCAGCGGCAAUUGAGGCAAAGGAUUUCGAUAAGGCAAUGUCUUUGAGAGAUACUGAGUUCAGUGAACAUUUGAAGUAUUACAAGUCAAUCAAUACGGCUGAUUUUAGGGAGCCUUCAUUACCAGUGGAGAAAAGGAAAAAGUUUGCAAUUAUUAAUGUCGGUGCACCUGCAGGUGGUAUGAACUCUGCGACAUAUGCAUUCGCAAAUUUCUGUUUAUCAAGGGGUCAUAUUCCAUAUGCAAUCUACAACGGAUUUUCAGGAUUAGCUAGACAUGAAUCAAUCAAAAAAAUUGACUGGUUAAACAUUGAUGGGUGGAAUGCACUAGGUGGUUCUGAAAUCGGUACUAAUCGUACGACUCCAAUUGAAUCAGACCUUGGUUUGAUAUCCUACUAUUUCUCCAAGUACGAAUUAGACGGUUUAGUUGUUGUUGGUGGAUUUGAAGCAUUAGAAAGUAUUCAAGAAUUGGAAUCUGCACGUUCAAACUAUCCAGCGUUUAGAAUUCCUAUGGUCUUGAUUCCUGCAACUAUAUCAAACAAUGUUCCAGGUACUGAGUAUUCGCUUGGUUCCGACACUUGUUUAAAUAAGUUAGUUGAAUACUGCGAUGUUAUCACCCAGUCUGCAAGCUCUACGAGAGAUAGAUGCUUUGUUGUUGAAUGUCAGGGUGGUAAUUCGGGUUAUAUUGCUACUUAUGCCCAAUUGUGUUCUGGCGCGGAAGCCUCAUACGUACCUGAAGAGCAGAUAUCUUUGAAGCAAUUGAGGACAGACAUUGAAUCAUUGAAGACAACGUUCCAUUUGAAUAAGGGAAAGAAGAAUUCAGGUUUAGUUGUUAUAAAAUCAGCGAACGCCUCAAAGGCUUUAAGCACUGAAACAAUUGGUGAAAUUAUUGCAGAUGAGUCGGAUGGACUGUUUGAUUCACGUACUGCCAUUCCGGGCCAUGUUCAACAAGGUGGUAUUCCUUCCCCAAUUGAUAGAUGCAGAGCAACCAGAUUCGCUAUUAAAGCGGUUGAAUUUUUGGAGGACAAACAAGAGAUUGCACUGGCUUCAAGUAAUGAGAUUGGCGAAUUUGUUAAUUCUGAUGAAGUCACAAACACAUGUUCUGUUCUAGGUGUUGAUAAAUCACAUAUUAAAUUCAGAAGCGUUAGGGAAGUUUGGAAUGUCGAUACCCACAAGGGUAAGAGAAUGAGAAAGACUGUAUUCUGGCAAGAUGUUAGAGGUAUCGCAGAUAUGUUAGUUGGUAGGGUUAAGGUAUGA